AUGGCGUCCGCAAUCUCGAAACAGACACUGACCAUCGCAGGCAUCGUCCUCAACGUCUUCUCGCAGCCGGACGCGGCGACGCCCGCCGACCCCGUCGCCGUGCUCUUCCUCCUGCACGGCCGGCUCAGCAAGGCAGAGGACGUCGAGCCCGUCGCGCGCAUGAUCCUCGACGAUGUGCAUGCGCGCCGGGCGGCGGCGCCCGCGGGGCAGAAGGCGGACGAUCUGAUCGUGGUGACCUUUGACCAGAGGAACCAUGGGACAAGGCUCGUGGACGGCCUGGCAAACUGGCACUGGGAGAGCGACCCGAAGGCGGAGAAGAAUAACGUGCGCCAUGCGAUCGACAUGUAUGCGAUACAGACGGGGACGGCGCAGGACGUGUCGUUCCUGAUCGACUUCCUGCCGGCGUAUCUCUUCCCGCACGACGAGCGCACGGUGUCGCAGUGGCUCGUGUCGGGCAUCAGUCUCGGCGGGCAUGCGUCCUGGAUCACACUCCGGAACGAACCGCGGGUGAAGCUCGGGAUCCCGAUCAUAGGCUGCCCGGACUUCCUCACUCUCAUGUCCGCCCGCGCGCUCGAGAACGGGCUCGCAGUCGCCCCACCGUACUUCCCCGCGUCGCUGCUCGCGUACGUGCGCGCGCACGACCCCGCGGCCGCGCCGCACACCGUGGACGCGGCGGGAAAGCCGUUCAAGGGGAAGAAGGUGCUCGUGCUGUGCGGGGGCGCGGACACGCUCGUGCCGUGGGCGGCGGGGGAGAAGUUCGUGGGGGAGCUGGAUGUGGGUGAGGAAGGGGUGAAGGAGGUGUGGGUGGAGGAGGGGACGGGGCAUCGGUGCUCGGAGGGGAUGGUUAGUCGUGCGGCGGAGUUUGUGUGGAGGGAGGCGUUGGUGCGGUGA